GUUACCGGAAUAUGGGUGGGAAAAAUAAUAAUCUUGAGUCGAGGGGUGUGAUUGUGCGCAAAAAUAACUUCUUGUCGACGAAAACGCGAUAUAGUGGCAAAUAGUUUAGACACCUAACGCGAGGUAAAGGCGGGACCUGGCAGCGCGUGCUUCGUUACGAGCAAUCCUAUUGGUCAUCACGACGCGUCCGGAUUCCAUUCUCGUUCGUCAUUGGUCGACUCGGCUGUCCGUCAGCGUUUCCUCAGGGCUGUAGUGAGCUCCACUGCAGUGCGACUGCUUCAGCCACAGCUACAGUAACAUGGGAACAUCUGUGAACCCAUAAGCAGACAAGUUUUCUGCAAGUUUACAAAAGCAAACUUUAUCACCACGACAGUUUUGGACGCCUUUCUCUCCGUCUUGCCCAUGCAUGCAGAAUUGAGCAAUAGAAGAUGAUUGAGAUGUCCAUAGACAAAGAAACUGUCUUAACAGGAGAUGGAGCGGCGGCCAUUUUGAACCCGCCACCUUCCCAGAACCUAGCGGGAAGCGUCAAGACCCUGAGUCCGUCUUCUUUGGCGCCUGUCAGUAUUGGCGCUCCGUUCAUGGCUAACAUGGUGCUCGCAGAAGUGCCUGCUAACCCCGCUUUGACAGAAGAGACGGGACACGACGAGGAAGUCGCAGAGACGAUGCAAGCGAAAGGAAACAAUAAGCUCUUACAAGCGAAAAAUGGUAUACAGUCCCAAGCCGGGUCUCAGAAACUCGGCAAACGCCGGUACAGCAUGAGCGCUGGCUUUAAGCAUCCCGGAUUUAGCAAGCGCAGACGGAGAGCUAACUCCGAGUGCGACCCGGUGCUGCCCAGCAACUUCCUGUUGGGCGGAAACAUCUUUGACCCUCUGAAUCUCAACAGCCUAUUGGACGAGGAGGUGAACCGGGCGCUGAACGCCGAGACGCCCAAAUCGUCACCGCUUCCGUCCAAGAGCAGGGAGCCGGUCGAGAUCCUGAUCCCCAGAGACAUCACUGACCCACUGAACCUCAGCGGCAAGGGCGGAAACGCCAACGGGGGCGUCCUGGUGUCACCCUUAAAGAAGCGGCGCCAUAGAAACAGGCACCACGGUGGCAGUGGCGGCCAUCUUGAACCCGCAGAGUCUGAAAAGGCAAAGGGCGCCGAGGAAGAGGGUGCGUUGUUUCCUGCACACCAUUUACCAGAGGAGCAAGUCGAAGAGUCGCCGCGACCCUACGAACUCAACACGACCAUCAACUGCCGCGAUGAAGUGGUCCCGCCCAUACUGCCACGGCGCCGAUCCACAAACUCCGCUCCUCAGACAGGAAGUAGCAGCUCCACCGCGCAGCCAUCAAAACACAGAAAGCGCCGACGAACAGUCAGCCGUUCGGACCGCCUUUCGAUCACGCCGACUCCCACCAAUAAGCAGCUGAGUUUAGACGGAGGGCGGAGUCAAACAUUUCACACACCCAUUGUGGGUGGAACCGCAGGAAGCCAUCUUGAAGCAAACCAUCACGCAUCAGCGCAAAAACAUCAGCGCAAACCGAGACGCCAGUUCCAUUAUGGCACCUACAGCCGUUGCUACGGUUACCGGACACCGAGUCUGAACGUGGAUCCUCGUCUGGCGGCGUUCCGGCCCGAAUGGUUCCGUGGGAAAAAAGUCCUGGACAUCGGAUGCAACGUGGGUCACAUGACUCUCGCCAUCGCUAAGAACUGGAGUCCUGCCCACAUCCUGGGCUUGGAUAUCGACGGCGGUGUGGUGCACGCGGCACGGCAGAACCUCCGCCACUUCCUGUCUGAGCUGCAGAAACAGGAAGUGAGGCAAGAUGGGGAUGCAGAAGAGAAACAUGGAGAGGUGGAGACGUUGCGGACGUUCCCUGUUUCUUUCAGACUAUGUAGGGGGCCAAUUGCUGCUCCUCCCUUACUGCCUCCUGCCCCCGGGGUGUUCCCUAACAAUGUGUCCUUCAUGAAGGGGAACUACUUGCCGGACAGUGAUGAGGUAAUUAUGUCACAGUGUGCGGAGUAUGAUGUCAUCGUGUGUCUGAACGUGACGAGGUGGGUUCAGCUGAACUGGGGAGACGUCGGGCUUCAGCGACUCUUCAGGCGCGUUUACGCUCACCUGAACCCCGGAGGAGCUUUUAUCCUCCAGCCCCAGCCAUGGAGCUCCUACAGCAAGAGGAAGAGACUGACGGAAACCACCCACAGGAACUACAACAGCAUUCGGCUCAAACCGGACCAGUUCAGCUCGUACCUCACCGCCGAGGUGGGAUUCACCAGCUACGAGCUCAUCAGCACCACCAGGAGCUGCCCUAAAGGACCCCAGAGGCCAAUCUAUCUGUUCCACAAAGGCCCCGCCUCCAGCAGGAAGUCAUCCACCAGGAGAGGAAGUGACACGCAAGAAGAGGAACGGGAGACGAAGUGAAUGUUUACGCUGCGGCGCUGCUUUAAUUAGAGAUGUGAUCGGUUUCACUGGACUCUGUUCUGAAAGAGCCGCCGCCACCGAUUCAGCCUCGAUACGGAGGAGCUGAACUCUCUCACACACACACACCCCUAACACACACACACACACACACACACACACACACACACACACACACACACACACACACACACACACCAGCACCCUCAGUUCCAUCAAGUGGUCACAAGGGGAUCACUCAUGAAUCACUCAUGAUUCAGUUAAUCUCAAACACACACACACAGAUGGACUAUUAAUCUUUUUAAUAAAAGUUGCUAUGUCUUCUUUCUAACAACUCAACACCUGUUUGUAUUGUACAUUUUAGGGAAAAGUGUGUGUGUGUGUGUGUGUGUAGCUUAAACUCUAAGUGUAAAAACAUUCACAUAACCGUUUUUAAACUGUUUUGACAUGGUGUGUGUGUGCGUGUGUGUGAGAGAGAGAGAGAGAAACAGAGAAUGUAAUUGAUUUGAAUAUGUUUGUUGUUUAGAAUAAAUAAUUGCGUCUUUGA